AUGGACUACGUCGACAAGCGACUGCAGGAGCAAGUCGUGAAGCAGCAAGACGCACAAAGGCAAGACAACCACCCUCCCUCUCCCUGCCCACGUCCGAAGCAUCCCUGGGUUUCAAUCAAUGACAAGCCGCUAACCCUUCCCCCCAGAAGCGAUGCGUUCUUCACUCCCCUGAACAUUCUCUUCCUCCUCAUCAUCGGCUACACAAUCUACGUCCUCCUCCGCCCGACCCCGCCCCCGAUACUCCCGAAAGAGCCGCCCGCGAUCGUCUUCCGCACCUUCACCCCGCGCACCCUGCUGCCCUUCACCGGCGAGAACAACAAACCCGUGUACGUGGCGGUGCGCGGCCGCGUCUUCGACGUCACGGCGGGCAGCAACUUCUACGGUCCCGGCGGCCCGUACUCCAACUUUGCCGGCCGGGACGCCACGCGCGGUCUGGCGUGCGGCAGCUUCGACGAGGACAUGCUGACGGAGGACCUGGACGGCCCGCUGGACACGCUGGAGGGCCUGGGACCCGACGAGGAGGAGGCUCUGCGGGGCUGGGAGGAGACGUUCGAGAACAAGUAUCUCAUUGUCGGCAGGCUUGUUCCUGUGGGCGAAGAGGGCAAGUGA